AUGUCCGCCAAGACAGCGACCCCCCUGUCGGAGCGCAGUUUCGCUGACCGGUUUGCGCGCAGUCAUGCCGGUGCCGCCACGGCGGCAGGGGUUCUCGAGAUUGCCUUUUUCCACCCGUUCGACACGACGGCGAAGCGGCUGAUGGCGAACAAAGGGUCCAUCAUGCGCGGCUCUGUGCCGGACACGCUCGCCAACCUCAACGAAAUCGUCUUUAAGAAGCAUGCCAGCGCUGGAUUCGCGCGAAAGGUGGCGUACCUCUACCCAGGCUCCCUGUACGCCGUCGUGUACAAGGUGUUUCAGCGCGUGUACAAGUUCGCUGGGCAGCCGCUCGUGCGCGACUUCCUCAGCUCCAAUUACCAUGACGGGUUCAAGCGGUACUUUGGAAAGGCGCACCGGGUUAUGGAAGACGCGACAGCCGGCUGCCUCAUUGGCCUUGGGGAGGUCAUCCUGCUGCCGCUGGAUCGGCUGAAGGUGUUGAGCCAGACAAACGAGGCCGCCAUGCAGAACGGGCUGCUGCCGCUGUUGCGCCAGGAGGGCGUCCGCGGGAUGUACUCGGGCACCGUCGUGACGAUGUGCCGCAACGCCCCCGGCUCCUUCUGCCUGUUUGGUGGCGCGGCCUUCAUGAAGGGCUACAUUUUCGGCCUCAGCGACUACCACCAUGCGACUGUCUUUCAAAACAUGUGCGCCUCCACCGUCGGCGCGUGCCUCUCCAUCGCUGUCUCUAACCCGAUGGACGUUGUUAAAACUCGCGUGCAACGCCAGACAGUGGCGGAGCGCUGCAACGCCGUUGCAACGGCGGCGGCGAUGCUGAAGGAGGAGGGCGUCUCGUCCUUCUUCAAGGGCCUCACGCCGAAGGUCAUCGCCUCCGCGCCGAAGUUAAUCUUCGCCUACACCAUGACCGAGUGCUUCUUCAAGCUGAUGAACGUCUCCGCGAAACACUGA